AUCGGGGCUCGCACAUUACUGUGGAGGAGAAGAAGUUAAUGCUCACAAGUUUGACGAUUGAUCUACUUCCGCUGUUUGCCAGCUCUGCAUCCAAGGAACAUUUGCUACAAAAGCCGCCUUAAUGUUUCCGAACCAUUGACUACACGGACAUGAAGAUUUUCAUUAAUAUUGCCCUUUUCUAUCUGUUUCUUGUCUCUGUUUCUUCGAGGGGUGGAGUUUCAAGAAGGGAUGCCUGGUGUCCAUGUGCAAAAUUGCGGGCGGCGGAGCUAAGAGGCUACGAAAUUGAUGCAAGAGCAUGUUUACGUUGGUGUAGAGAGAGAAGUAAAAAGACAAAAACAUUGACAAGGAAUGAAGUUCAAGAAAAGGCAACAACAACCGCUGUUGUUGAAGAUCAAACUGAGGAAAUAUUUUGCAUCGACGAAAAGAAUGGGAAAAGACACACCGCAGAUUCCCAAUGGCAAGAUGAGUGCGAUAUAUUCAAGUGUCAUAGCAAUAGUUCUAUUACCCGGCAUAAAAUGGAGUGUCCGAAAAGAUGUGCGCCACCCACGGACAGAAAAAGCAAGUGCUGCCGCGUCUGUAAGCGGAGUGUACAUUGCAACCCUAAUGAAAUAAGGCUCGAAAUCCCAAAAGAAAUGUUACAUAGGAGAGACCUGAAUAGGAUAUUUCUGACUGAUUUAAAAUGCAGACCCUCGCGCAACGAUUCGCACGUAGUUUUCCGUACCGGACUGACUUCAUGCGGUACAAAAUUUGAGAAGACGCACCUAGGCCUUCGAUAUUCAAAUGUCGUUGUACGGUCCCUUUUGAGUAACAUAAUAAUAAGACCGUUAUUUAGGUUUUCCUGUUAUUUUCGUGUAAUAAACCCUGACGUUGACUCACCAAAGGCCGGGCAAAUCAAAGUGCGAAGGCCUGACGAAAAUAUUAAUUUCGUCAUGGUUUACACUGAUGAACUCGGGAAUAUUAUCAAAGGCAAUCCUAUGCAGACGGAGGCAAUUGAAGGAAAACCUGUUUUCCUUCGAAUAUCCACUGAUCGGAGGCUGAAGCGAGACCGGUUUCUUGUUGUUGAGAAAUGCGAUAUAAUUUCCCUGAAUCGGAGAAAAUCAUAUUCACUUAUCAACGAAGGGUGUCCAACAGAGCCUUCGCUGAAAGUCCUCGUGAAAAGUGCAGAGAAAUUCUGGUUCACUUUUCAAGCAAGACUCUUGGCCAAGACAAAUUAUCAACACAAAGACUGGUUUUCGUACCAAGGGAAAAGAUUCCAUCCAAAUGACCGGGAGUAUGUGGACCUGACAUGCCAAGCUGCAGUUUGCACGACCAGCUCAAAAGCAAGUCUAUGCAACCGACAUUGUGGAGCAUGACUUUUUUGAAGGCGAAGGAGACACCAAGCUCCAUGCCUUCGUGCAAACAGUCAAUAACCAGAAUUCGGGUACAUUUUUGCCGAAAAAGGUCAAAUAUAGGUUGGCGAGACGAUAAAAGGAAUUCGGUUAGGAUUGUAAAAUGCAGAAUUGACAAGGCAACAUGCAUGACUGGAUGCAAAAAGAAAACAUAUUUUACUUUUAUCAAAGAAAAUGCUUAAACUAUUUCGCAUGCAAACAUUUAGAUAACAUUCAAAAUAUUUCUAACAUUAUUUAUCGAAAACGGCAUUGAAAUUAGCUAUCGAUAUUUUCAUUUUUUAUAUACUUAGAUAUUUAUGAACUUGUUUGGUUGGAAAUGUUUUUAUUACACGAAUUGCCAAAAAAUUGAAGUUUAA